AUGCUGUUUAGCACGGAAGCGCUUAUCGGGUUGUCAGAACAAUGGGCCAAACCUUUUCCCUCCAUUUGGAGUCUGACAUUUAGCAAAAGGCGCUCUUGUCAUCUGCUAGUGCAACAUUAUAUUAACUGGCCCUCAUUCUUACACCAAUCUCACCCCUCAGCAGCUCGCCUGGGAUACGUUUGUAGAUUUUAUUGCGAUCGACUUCAUUUUUUUCCAUCAGUCAAACCACAUUUUGUUAUCGAAGCUGGUGAUGCGGCCGAUACGGUUAAGCAACAGGAACAGAAAGAACAAAUGAUUACAACUUGUUCGACAGAAACAAUCACCUUUCACAGAACCGACCUUUCACAAGAAACCGCUCAAAACUACUGA